AUAUCGCUAGUUCUUUACUUUGUUUAACAUUAACAGGAAUAAUACAAAGUGCAUCAUGGCAAGGUUUAGUUUCGUUGUGUAUUUGUUAUUGUCAAUGGACAAUAUUUUACCUUAUGUUACUUCUUCUCGUAGUGGUACUGGUAUUUCUAUAAAACCACAAACGAUACCACAGAUGCCUGAAGGAGUAUAUGCAAUGAUGAAGAAAAUAAAGAACACCGAACAAUUUUUAAGGCGAAAUAAAUUGUAUAAAAAAGAAAAAGCUAGAGGAGCUUUGCCUUCUCAAGUUGCUCUACCAAGCUUCGGAUUGCUAUCGCGAGGCCAAAGUUCUUCAAUUACAGGUAUGAUCAAUUUAGAUAAUCAGGAAUGCGAUGUUCGUCCUCAUACCCAUUUCCUGGAGCAACCACCCCUCAGCGAAAAUGCUUUGAUUUGGCCAUAUGCAAUACAAAUACCUUGGUGUACUGGCUCAUGUAGUGUUCACCACGAGAUCGUCAAAUGUCAGGGAAAUCAAGAAAUGAAAAUAUCAUUGACUACUUACAAAUUGCAAUAUAGCAGUAGCAGAAAAAGACGUGAUGUUAUGCAAGAGUUGGCCAAAAUGAAAGAUCCCACACACGAAAUAAAAAAACGGAGUUCAAAUGGUGUACAAACAAUCCCAAUAACCGUUGUUGGCCACUCGAGUUGCCGAUGCGCAUGUGUAACAACCGAGAAGAUGUGCAAUGCUGAGAAAAACAAAACCCUUGAUAGCAACAUUUGUCAAUGCAAAUGUCGUCGCGUAGAAAAAUGUACCUUACCAUUUAUAUGGAGUGAUAAGGAAUGCAAAUGCAUUUGUGGUGAAGAUAGACUGAGGAGUACUCGAGACUGUUCUGUAAACUCGAGGUUUAAGAAGGUUUGGAAUCACGAAAAAUGUCAAUGUCUUUGCAGCAAUAAUCAAGUACGUUGCGACUUGAAAGUAAACCAUUGGAGCAACAAUUGUAACUGCGCGUGUCUUCCAAAUGCAAAAUGCCCCGGUGGAUUAAGACUUUUGAGACGUGGUUCACAAUGCCACUGCAUGUAAAUUGCAGUGAACGGCAUGAAAAUGCAUGCAGUUGAGCUUUGUUUAUUUUUAUAUAAAUUUACUACUUUGCAACAUACGACAUAAUGAACGUGUAACAAUAGAACUCCAAUAAAAUUUUAUAACUAAAAAAAAA